GCUUGUCAAUGAAAUAACUAAUAAGGAUGAAAGCUUCAAUGAAGAAAGAGAAGAUCUGCUACGAAAGAUAAAGGAGGCUGAGGAGCAGCUGGACCUGGCAAAGCGAUGCCAUAAAAAACUGAAAGAUGAAAAUGAUCUUCUUAACACACAGUUAGAAACAUAUACUGAUGAAGAGGAACGUUACCGUGAAGAAAGAGACUCACUUGCUCUAGAACUUGAACAUUUAUCCAAUCUGCUAACUGAAAAGCUUGACUAUGUAGCAAGGCGGUUAAUGGAGACAAAAAAUGUAGAAGAAGAGCUGGACAGACUACAGGACAUAUUUGACACCUCACAGAAUACCUAUUCAAAUGAGAUGUCAGUUUUAGAGGUAGUGUUAAACAAAGAAGCCGAAAGAAGGGCAACGCUUCAGAACCAAUUGAAUGAAAUUACAGCACAAUAUGAGAAGUUGACGGUUGACCAUGAAGCAUUAAUGAACAGUUCAAAGGAGAAGAGUGAUGCUGCUAAAAAACUACUUAAUGAAUUGAUGGCACAGAAUAAAAACCUGAACAAACACAUUAAAAAGGAUGAAGAACUGAUUAAUAUUCUCACUGCCAUGCUACGUAAAAAACAAGCUGAGUAUGAGCAACAUGAUGCUAACUUGGAGGCAGAAAACCAGAACCUUGAGGCAUUAUAUCAUGCUAAACUAAAACGGAUAGAAGAAAUGGAGGAAGAACUAAAAGUGAAUCUUCCACUCUCAGAGAAAAUGGCAAUAGAAUGUGCAGAAGUAAACACUGGUUACAAAAACCAACAGGAUUUGUAUGCAGAACUACAAGAUGAAGAACGCAUGCUAAACAAGUCCGUAGAGCGGUCCCUGAAGGAGAUCAGCAAACUCAAAAGACAAAAGUUUCAGGCAAAGAAUGAAUUAAAGAAGAACAGGGAGAUAGCAUUUCACAUACUAAAACAGUUCACAUACACUCUAAAGUAUGUUGAGAGAGACAAUUAUGAGAUGGACAGACAACUCUACAUUUUGGAUGCAGAAAAUGCCAGAUUAAGAGCCGGCAUUGCAUAUCUCAAAGAGGAUAUUUCCACAAUAGACAAAGAGAUAAAAAUCUAUCAGUCAGAGAGACAGAACAUCCAUAAAGACAGAAGACACCUCUAUCACCUUUUCAUCAAGAAAUGGAUAAAAGAUGAGCGUCUUCAUAAGAUGUUUUCUAAAUAUCAACAUGACAUCUUGAAAAUUCUGGGAGAAUAUAUCAAAAUAAAUAAAAGACGCAAUGACAAGCUUGACUACAUACAUGGUGCGCUGCAGCUAAAAUAUGACAAAAUGGAGAGUCUUUUAGAAAGCAAAUCCAACAAAGAAACCUGAAAAGGUAAUUUUUGUUUUAUUAUGUAGCAUUAUGUAGCUUAAUAACGGUUGUGUUGUUCCUGCUGCUGUUGUUACCUUCAAGUCAUUUCUUACAGAUAAUCCUAUCACAAGGUUUUCU